AUGGAACACAAAUCACAUCGCAAUAGCACCACGCUGGCAGGUCAUUGUCCAUUUUGUUCCGAUUUCUACCCCCACGCACGUACACAUACGCACCUCUAUGGCUUACCUUCCCACAGAACUUCCCUUGCAAACCACCCACCCUCCCCCUUCGUGAAGCCGUUAAAUAACACAAUUUAUUUUUCCCUCCACACGUGUAUAUGCACGGAAAGGCAAUCCUACCCGCACGUAUGGAAUUCCCUCUCCCUCUACAACCCACCACCACCACCACCACUACCACUACACUCUCCUCAUGAGCCCACGGUGGUGGUGUCUGGUUUCAUUAACCCCAACCCAUCUCCUCCCCUGCAUCACAUUAUGCACAAAUGA